AUGCCCCGCGCGGGGCUCGGCAGGAGGACCUCGGGGAGGCGGCGCGGAGGGAAAGAGAGAAAGAGAGAGCGUGAGUGCGCGCGGAGCUGCGCCCCGCGGGUCCGGGGGCGGCGGGCCGGGGCAGGACCGCGCCGCCCCACCCACCGCGCCGCUGCGCCCGGCUCUGCGCGCCCGCCUCUGCGCGCCUGCCCGGUGGGGCACGAAGCCCCAGAAACUUUAGCACAUGGCCGGUCCGGCGGCCGUUCCCCCCUACCCCCUCCAUCUCGCUCCCCCGCCCCGGCCCGGGUCCCCGAGAGCGGCUUACCGGCGACGACGGCGAUCGCGGCCGCGGGGCGCCCACCCUGCCGCGCGCGGAGCUGUGCGCACCGGCUGGGAAGGAGGGAAGGGCUGGCGGCGUCGGGGUCCCUGCAGGGGAGGGGCACCUCGGCGGCAACCGGCCGCGCGGGUUUAAGGGAACCGGGGAGGCGGGCGGCGUGCCAGCCCGGGUCCGCAGGCCCGGAUGGGGGAGGGCCCGUGCGCUCCCCGCCCGCGGCGCCGCUGCUGACGACGCGCGCGCGGGUUUCCCCGGCCCGGGGUCUGCGGAGCCAGCGCCCGUUACUUAGCGACUCGCUCCGGGGAGCCCACGCUGACGCGCGCGACUAG